CCCAAUGACAUUGACACAUGUCAGCUGUGUCAUUUAGUUUAAAUUUGUAUUUACAAUUCAAACCCGGCCAAAACGGGUCACAAAAUGCCGCACGACAAACAAGUGGGGGUUCGUGGCAGAAUCGUGAACUCCCAGAGUCGCGAAGUCAUAGCCAACGUGUUACGAUUUAUGAAGAAAGAAGCCACGAAAGGAGCCCCCGUAAUACCCAUUAGCAACUACAAACAAAGACUUAUAGAAGCGACAGGAAUUUCAGACCGGGUGUACAGACAGGUGGUCAAAGACAUGGAGCUCAUCGAAGCUGGUAAGCUAUCGACGUUCACAGCCCCCAUUCGCGCCCCCCGGCCCAAAUUCAUCAUAAUCGACAACGGCGAACACAGUGGGGACGUGGAAACUGAGGACAGUGAAGUGGUGUGAAAAAAAUGUGAUUUUAAUUUAUGCGCAAUUUUUUAUUUAAAGAAAACUCUGAAAAUAAUAAAACGGUGUUUAGUGGCUUCAACAAGUUCACGUCGACGUAAAA